AUCCAAAAGCAUUCAGUAUCGUUAAAACUUCGCCGAGAAAGCAAUAAAUUUGUGUGUCUUAUCAAUAUUAUUUUUUUUUGCUAUUUUCCUCUUGGCUUAAUGGAUUUUGGACAAAAUAUGUGGGUCACUUGUUGGUUUCCACUAAUACUGGUUGUGGUUUUUUUUGUUGGCAAUUGUGGUGCGAGAUUGUCUACUGAACAAACAAAACUUAUUUUCUUCUAUGGACCCAAUUACUUUGACCAUCGAAUUUAUGAUUUCAACAAAUUGGACGAAAUUGUUGAGCAUGAAAUGUAUAACGCCAGUCAAACAACCGUUUUGUAUAUACAUGGAUAUCUUGAGUCACCCGAUAGCGACAGCGUGCAUUUAAUAGUCAACGCAUAUCAUGCACGCAAAGAACACAAUCUAAUUGUCCUCGAUUGGUCUGAUGCAGCAUUUGGAGACUAUUUCAUACAAGCCGUACCAAAUUCGGUCACGUUGGGUAACAUUUUUGCAACGGUGGUGUUGAGUGCAUUUAAAAAAGGAUUGGAUAGAGAAAAGUUUCAUGUUGUUGGUCAUUCGCUUGGCGCUCAACUUGCGGAAGUGAUGGGUCGCAAGAUGUUUUUAAAAUCGAAUCAAUUUCAAAAAUUAAAAAGAAUAACCGGUUUAGAUCCUGCCAAUCCUCCUUUUUUUCCAAAUAUUCUAUUGGACCAUCUAAGUCAUUCGGAUGCUGAAUUUGUUGAUAUAAUACACUCUGAUGCUGGACUCUACGGCCAACCCAUUUCGACCGGUACAAUUGACUUUUGGCCAAAUGAUGGAAUGACUUUGCAACCGGGCUGUCCCUUUAGGCUUGGCAUUCCUCUUAGCGUUAAUGAUUUGUGUAGUCAUCAACGAUCAGUUAAAUAUUAUGCUGAAAGUGUUGCCUUACCAAAGGGAACCACAUUUCAUGCUGUAUCGGCAAAAAGCUGGUCACGUUUUAAAGUUGACGACACAAAUUCUUCAAAUGUCGUGAACAUGGGAAUUGAUUGUUCUACCAACGCUUAUGGAGAUUAUUAUUUACAAACGAACGGUGAACCACCAUUUUCACGAGGCAUAAACGGACUUCGAUAUUUGAAUUGACCUACGAACUGAUGUUAAAUGAUAUCGCACAGAAUAUAAUUAGUUUCUUUAUUUCAAAAUGUGUAGUUUAAUUAAUAAGAAACACACUUGAGACUAUAGAUAAUACGUCGAGUUUCUUUGAUGGAAAAUUAAACCUUUUGUUGGUCAUCAAAUACAUUCAA